AUGGGCAGCCAGACUGAGAUCAACCCCAAGAUGAGGGCUAUCCUGACAGAUUGGCUAGUGGAAGUCACCCACAAGUUCGAGCUCAUGCCCGAGAGCAUGUACCUGACGAUCUACGUCAUCGAUCGCUUCCUGUCCCUGCAGGCGGUGCCGCGGCGGGAGCUGCAGCUCGUCGGCAUCGCGGCCAUGCUCAUCGCCUGCAAGUACGAGGAGAUCUGGGCCCCUGAGGUAAACGACUUCAUAUCCAUCGCCGAUAACUCCUACUCGAGGCAGCAGAUCCUGUCCAUGGAGAAGAAUAUCCUGAACAGCAUGGCGUGGAACCUCACCGUCCCCACCCCGUACGUCUUCCUGGUGCGGUUCGCCAAGGCCGCCGGGAGCGACAAGGAGCUUGAACAUAUGAUCUUCUUCUUCGCCGAAUUGGCGCUCAUGGAGUACGGCCUGGUGACGGUGCGCCCCUCGCUGGUGGCAGCUUCUGCCGUGUACGCUGCCCGGUGCACGCUGAAAAGAAGCCCCAUCUGGACUGAAACCCUCAAGCACCACACCGGAUUCGCUGAACCGCAGCUCCUGGAGCCUGCAAAGAUGCUGGUCAUGGCACACGCAGCUGCUCCGGACAGCAAGCUCAAGGCCAUCUACAAGAAGUACUCGUGUGAGCAGUACGGGCGUGUGUCCCUGCGCGCCCCAGCAGUGGCCGCUCCUCAGCGCCUGGCCUAG